CCGCAGAAGCGGCGGCCGCGGCUCCGCCUCCGCCCCGGGCUCGCGUUUGCCGCCUGGCUGACGCGGCCGGCGGGACAUGGAGCUCCGUGCAGCGGACCGUGAGCCUUCCGUGCGCCCCACCGUGUCCACCUGUUUCUCCCAUCUCCUAGGACCCGAUCUGCCUUACUCCUCCCUGGCCCCGAGGUUCUGGGUCUCGGCGGGCGCCUGGCCCGCACCUCCUUCCAGCUCGAGCCUUGGAGACAGCGACCUCCUGACUGCGGAGCGGCGGCGGCGACAGCAUGAAGGCUCCGGGUCGCCUCCUUCUCAUCGCGCUGUGUUCCUUGGCCGCCUCGGCUGCCUACAUGCUUCUGUGCUGCUGGGCCUGCAUGCCCCUCUGCCUGGCCACCUGCCUGGACCGCCGCCUCCCUCUCUCCAAGCCCACUGUGCCGGGGCCUCUGCAUUUCAGUGGCUAUAGCAGCGUGCCGGAUGGAAAGCCGCUCGUCCGUGAGCCUUGCCACAGCUGUGCCGUGGUGUCCAGUUCUGGCCAGAUGUUGGGCUCGGGUCUAGGCUCCCAGAUCGACAAUGCCGAGUGUGUCCUACGCAUGAACCAGGCGCCCACGGUGGGCUUUGAGGCGGAUGUGGGCCAGCGCAGCACCCUGCGCGUGAUCUCGCACACCAGCGUGCCGCUGCUGCUACGCAACUACUCCCACUACUUCCAGCAAGCCCGAGACACCGUCUACGUGGUGUGGGGCCAGGGCAAGCACAUGGACCGGACCCUAGGCGGCCGCACCUACCGCACGCUGCUGCAGCUCACCAGGAUGUACCCGGGCCUGCAGGUGUACACCUUCACUGAGCGCAUGAUGACCUACUGCGACCAGAUCUUCCAGGACGAGACCGGCAAGAACCGGAGGCAGUCGGGCUCCUUCCUCAGCACUGGCUGGUUCACCAUGAUCCUGGCCCUGGAGCUGUGUGAGGAGAUCGUGGUCUACGGGAUGGUGAGCGACAACUACUGCAGGGAGAAGAGCCCCCCCUCCGUGCCUUACCACUACUUCGAGAAGGGCCGGCUGGAUGAGUGUCAGAUGUACCUGGCCCACGAGCGGGCGCCCCGCAGCGCCCAUCGCUUCAUCACCGAGAAGGCCGUGUUCUCCCGCUGGGCCAAGAAGAGGCCCAUUGUGUUCGCCCACCCGUCCUGGAGGGCGCAGUAGCCCGCAGCCAGCAGCUGGCGUACAG